AUGCUUGCAAAACAAGCUUUAUCUAUUGGUAUUAACGACUAUGUGCCACGACGUUUCAUCUUAGAACCCUGCCUAAAUGAUGCAGGUGAUAUAACUCAGGCUUUACGUUUACUUGGAUUUCGGGCACAUUUUGCGAAAAAUCUUGGCUAUAAAUCGAUGAAAUCCGUGACUGAUCAAUUUGUCCAUUCGAUUCAACCAGGUGCUAUUGUUGUAUUCUAUUUCUCUGGUCAUGCUUGUCAAUUCGAUGGUAACAAUUAUUUAAUUCCAACGAAUGCUGUUGGAAUUUGGGCUGGUAAUAUCAACUCGACUGCAAUCGAUGCUCAGAAACUCAUUAGUUCGAUGCACAAAAGACGUCCACGAGUUGUAAUAUGUAUUCUUGAUUGUUGUCGAACCGAUGCACCGACAGAGCCAAUUGACGAGAUGAGUCCUUACGGUAGAGCCUUGGCUGGAAUGAGCGCAGGUCUUGCACCAAUGCAAGCCCCACCAGCAACAAUUAUUGUUUAUGCUUGUGCAGCAAAUGAUGUAGCUUCAGCUGCUUCAAUUGAUGGUCGAAAUAGUUUAUAUACUUCUCAUUUACUUCAUUAUAUCUUAACACCAAAUGUCGACAUUGAAACUCUUUUGAAAUGUGUUGCUAGAAACGUUGAAAGAGAAUCCAAAAGUGAACAAAUACCUUACCGAUAUAGUAGUUGUAAUGAAGCAAUCUAUCUAGCUGCGCCUAACACAUACAAUGCGUUGAUGCCAUUUCAAGAUAUGCAUAGAAGACCUGUUGUUCAAUCAUUACAUAGGAAACGAGCAAAAUCACUUCCUGCUAAAUAUCCACAACCACAGCCGCAACUCAAACAUUUCCACAAACAGUGGAAUGGCCAACAUGAUGCUCAACAUACACAACCACAACUCAAGCAUUUCCACAAACAGUGGAAUGGUCAGCAUGGUGCUCAACAUACGCAACCACAACUCAAACAUCACAAACAGUGGAAUGGCCAGUAUGAUGCUCAACAUACACAACCACAACUCAAGCAUUUCCACAAACAGUGGAAUGGCCAGCAUGGUGCUCAACAUACGCAACCACAACUCAAACAUUUCCACAAACAGUUCAAUGGUCGAUAUGGCAUGCGAAGAAAUGAUUAUUCAGUUGAUAGAAAUCCAUUAAUACCUAUGAAAAGAGUUCCUUGGUAUCCUGGUCCUUCGUUUCCUCGAUAUUCAUGA